CCAUUUAAGAGACUUUAAGUUUUCACACUAAACCCUCUCUGUAUGUUUUAAGGAAUGGAAGUGAAACAGCAAGCACUGUCUAUGGAGACACCUCCGGCGAUGGAAAAAUUGAACUACGGUGGGAACCAGGAGAAGAAGAAGCGGUUAACCUGUGAGCAGCUUGACUCACUGGAGAGUAGCUUCCAGCAGGAGAUAAAGUUGGACCCUGACAGGAAGAUGAAGCUUUCCAAGGAAUUAGGCCUCCAGCCUCGCCAGAUCGCUGUUUGGUUCCAGAAUAGGCGUGCAAGGUGGAAAACCAAGCAGCUUGAACACUUGUACGAUACACUUAAACAGGAAUUUGAUGCCAUAGCCAAGGAAAAACACAAGCUUGAGGAAGAGGUUAUGAAGUUGAAGGGUAUGCUGAGAGAGCAAGGUUGUAGAACGCAACAAGUAUCAGCAGGUUAUACUACAGAAGUCUCUGCGGAAGAAACAGUGGAAAGCACGUCAGAGCUGGCUCUGCGUUGCUCCAAGAUUCAUCAUCAUCAUCAUCAUCAUCAUCAGAUUCAUCAGCAGCAGCAGAAUACUGCUAAUGCUGAUCAGGGAAACUGUUCUCUCACUCACACUCACAGUCACAUGGCCGAGGAUUGUAGCACAGUUCCAGUCAUGUCCUAUUGGCCUGGGUUACCUUAUUAUCCCUAAACUCUCUGAAUCAAUUAAGUUGUAUCAGUUAAGAACUUUUAGCUUUAAUGUGAACUUAAUUAACA